AUGCAGCGUACUCCGCCACCAACAACACCUCCGGCACAGAGGCUAAAAUAUUCGUCAAAUCCAGAACUACCCGAAACGUGUGGCGCUGAUGAUAAUACUUUUGUGAGUCUCCGAAAACGUAAGCAGCCUGAUGAUAAAAAUGUUAAGGCGGUACUAGAGUUCGUUGACCAAAAAAUUAAUGAUCAGCUCAGCUCAUGGAAAUUACAAUUGGACAUCACCAUUGCCGAAAGUAUCAGAAAUUCAAUCGGUACAGUUAUUGAUAAAGCUAAAGAAAAUAUCAGCAACUAUAAGUAA